UUUGUACAUCAACUGUUAAUCCAGGAUGACCUUAACAUGACCAAAAAACAAUGGUCACAUCACAGUUACUUGAUUCAAGGCGUUAAAGUGUAAAUGGCCUUUUUGUUAUCCUGUUGAACCAAUCAACACCAUUCUAGUUAUUUAAGUUUACAAUUUGUUCUUCCUUUGUAUCUUCCAAAUCAUCUCUAUCACCAUCUUUAUCAAAUAUCAAAUAAACCAAAUCAUCUUCACCUUGUUUGUCAUCAACUUAUCAACUAUUCAACACCUUUUACCCAUUGGAUCAUUAUUAUCAAUUCAACUUUAACUUUACCAAAUAUCUUCCCCUGUUAAGUUUUAUAAAUUAUGGUCCGAUACAAGUCAACGGAUAACUCUUUCACCAUUAUUUUAACCACGAUUAUACCCAUGCUUCUGAUUCAAGUUAAAAGUGGCAAUUCAGAAAUGAAGGAAAACAUUUACUGCCGAACCGAAAUUGGUUCCUACUUACCUUUGGAGCUUUACAAGUUGGACACUUGUGCUCGUUGUUAUAAUUACAUGCCUGCCUGGGCCUUUUCAUAUAAACUUAAGUACAUAACUCAUGGUAUUUUGUAUGAUAUUAAACAAAAUGCCACAGUUUUGGCCAAUGAUACAAAUCAUCUCGGUUCAACCUUUUUGUUGCCUCCAAUGUUUCAAAAAUGGCAAGAUUGUUGUGAACAAGCAGUCGACUGUUGUCUCAAGUACUUACGCCAUGAUAAACGAUUGAACCAGUAUGAGAGUGAAAUUGCCUAUCAACCUUCAUGCCCAGUUACAUGGGAUGGUUGGUCUUGUUGGCCAGAGGAAGUACAAGCAGGAACAGUUGUGGAAACAGAGUGUCCAGAUCACAUCUACUGGAUGGGCCUUUGGGUGCCUCCAUGUAGAGGUUCAGCUUCAAAGGUUUGCAAUUCAAACGGAAGUUGGUUCAAAUUGGGCGCAAGUGAAUGGACCAAUUAUACCAAUUGUGCUAGAGAAGAUAUAUUUAUCAGACGCAAUCGUUACCUUAUUGUAACUCACCUGACUUCCGUCACAUUCAUAAUUCCUGCACUUUAUAUUUUCUUAUAUUAUCGACAAUUAUCGCAAACCAAUCGAGUUAAAAUUCAUGUUCAUCUAUUGAUUUCCCUGUUGUCAUAUUCAAUCUUAAUGUCUUUACUUACUCUUGAUAUGAUCAAUGGAUCAACCGAGACAAUUUACGAAGAAGAGGAAAACCAGUCAACUGGAUUGGGUCAAAGCCUUCCAACAUCAUCCUCUUCGCCCUUUGCUUCACCACAAACAUCGACCAGUCCACCAACCGAUAAUCCAUAUUCCCAUCUAGCAACCAUUUACUGUUUAUGUCUUUCCGUUUUGGUCAAAUACUUCAGAUCGACAACUUAUUUUUGGAUGUUUAAUGAAGCUUUCUAUUUGCACCAAUUAAUGGCUCGAGUCUUCACAACUCCAAACCUGAAAAGUCUAAUCGCUCUUGCCUAUGGUGUUCCUUUACUGACCAACACUUCCUACAUCAUUGUCCGUUUCAUUUCCAGUUACUCUUCAGAAACAAUAGCAACUCCAGACUCUCCAGGGAAUGUGAUAAAUAUCCCUGAGAAUCAACUGUCCAUCCAAGGUGAUACCUGUUGGCUUCUUCCGUCUAAACAUGCUUGGCAAGAAUGGAUCAUCAAUGGUCCAAACCUUUCAGUUCUUGUGAUAAACUUCAUUUUUCUCAUCUCAGUUUUACGUGAAAUUUGUGCCAAAGCAGCAGCUACUCCAGCCUCACUAGCCUCAACACCUUCACCUCACCAACACCGUCGCAAUCUUCUUCGAGUGCCAACCUCACCUGAAAAGGCUCCAAUAACUCGAGCCAGUUUCCUGGUCUCUCUGAGGGCAGCAAGUCUUUUGCUUCCUCUCUAUGGACUUCAUUAUUUAUUCAUUGUUUACCGUCCAGACACUGGAGUUUGCUGGCUUUCUGAACUUUAUCAUUAUGCUUCAAUCACUUUGGAUGGCUUACAAGGAUCAAUUGUUUCAAUCCUCUAUUGUUUCUUGAAUAACGAAGUUCGAGCUCAUUUGAAAAGGUCAUUUUUCAAGCGUCAAGAUCAAAAUAUAAAUUUCACUGAAAUUGUUCCGGCUCCACAUUGAGAAUCGUUUGAGAUCCAAAUUGGAAAGCUGAUUCAGAGCAAAAUUUGGAGCUUAAACUGGAUUUGAUUAACUUAAAGCUUUGAUGCAUCAACACCAAUCACUUGUUGGCCUUACAUCGAUUGUAAUUGUGAUUACAAUUAAAGUUGUAAUGAAAGUUGAACCUCCAAAUGAAAAUGCUUUUAAUUUACAAAUGUAUAAAUAUUUUGUUAGCAAAUAAUUUUCCCAAACACUUGACUGUUAACAUGAUUAAGCUACAUUGCAAUUUUGUUUUUAAGACUACUUUUGCUAUAGCUGGGCAAAUUGAAAAUUCAAGUUGCUUCUGAAUGUUAGUCUUAAUCAGUUAUUAAAUUAAUUUCAUUCUUGAAUCAAUUGAAAUCAUUCAUUUCAUUUAAAAACAGUUUACGCCAUCUACACAUAAGAAAGUUAAUUAAUACAAUGGUGAAUGUUUAAGAUUGUUCAAUUGUUUUGCUUAAGUAAUUGUUUUGUUUCAUUUAAUUAGUUUACUCUUUUUUUUCUGUGUUAUUGUAGGAAAACAAAUUCAACAAUAAUCUAUCUCGCACUGGCAUAAAUUCACCCAAAAACAAUUCGUUUGGGCGUUUUUUCUCGUUACAAUGUUUCUGUAAAUGUGGAUUAAAGUCGUUUUGGUUUGGCUUUUUUUUCAAGCUGCCUCUUUUCCCUCUCUUUCCCUUUGUUUCACAAUGGAGUCAUUCGUCAUCAACCCAAAAGAGAGACAUUUUUUACUCAAACGUAUUCAAACGAUUUAUCAUUUUUGUUAACUGUUUAAGCCUUUUUGGUUAGGUAAUUGGAAGAUAAUCGUCAUUUCCAAUCUUACUGGAAGUAUUGAAAAUCGAGGUGCUGAGAACAAAAGUAAAAAGAAAGAGACUUUCAAUUGUGAAUUGGUUAACAAUGUUGGAGAGGAGACUAAACAAUGGAAACCAGAGAGUGCUGUUGCUUUGAUUUGAUCAAUUUGGAUGAUUAUUUUGGAGUAAAAUUAUGGUAUUCUUACAAAGGAUUAUGCAACAUUUUUCGGGAACUUUGUUCAUCCAGAGAGAUUUCAAUCAAAACUCAAGCCAAUGUUCAUUCGUGUAUUAUCACCAUUACAGGAUCAUUUAUUAACACCCUUACCAAAAAAAGAAACAUCAAUAUUUUUAUUUUUCAAUGUUUGGUUGGUUGCCAGUAAACGAUUAUCAAUUAGCAAGCAAAACUUCAAAACAUGGAUACAGUUGCUUUUACUUUGGACCAGAUGAAACAAAAUUAAAUUCAAUUUGGAGGCAGCAACUUGAUGUUAACCCUUUCCAAACGGACUUGUAGAUCAUAUUUCGAGUUAUUACACACAUACGAAGAACAUGACUAACCCAUGAGAAGAUGGCCAAUUAAACAAUUUAACACCAUGUUAAUUAUGUUUCAAAUUAUCAGUUUCAUUUAGAGAAAUGUUGUUGAAUCGUUGAAAUGCGUAAUAUUACUAAAUCAAACAAGCAAGGCGAAAAAAAACUGCUGACAACAAUGACAAGUCCUCUUUAACAGGAUAUUUACCAAUCAAGCUGAGAGUAAAGCAGAAAAAGUUUCUGUUUCUGGGUUGCUGUUGAAUUUUUCAAUCAAAACUCUUCAUUGAUUUACUGAAUAUCAUAAUUUAAUGGCCAACAAUUAAGGUGCUCAUGUUACUUUAAGAAAGGUAAACUUUUUUAAACUUUGGCUAAUAACAUCAACAACAACAACAGUAACAGUAACAGUAAUGAUAAUAAACAUUAUAUUACAAUGUUGUCUGUUUUGCUGGGCCUUUUGUUUUGAUUGUAAUAUGAAACUAGAAUUUCUGGUUUCUUUUUUUUCAAACAUUUUCAAAACAUACAAUGCUUUUCUUAAUUUCUCUUCAUCUUCUGUACAAUAAUUACUAAUUAGAUGAGAGAGAAUUGAUUAGAUUAUAGACCUUGAUUAGCAUCAUCACCAGGGUUUCAUUGAUAGCAAUUUUAUUUCCCUAUUCAUUGCCCUCUCUGCCGAUGAGAGCACACAGAGAGUGGAAACAGAGUGGAAAGAGAAGAAAUAAUAAGUUAUUAAAAAUAGACAGAGAGAUUUAACUGUUAGAUUGAUGGAAACAGAAAAGGUAGACAGAUAAUUGAACAAGAAAAAAUGAAGAGGAAGACAGAUAAUUCUGUCGAGUUACUAUGGUUAUGGACUGGGAUGUAAGCUUGUUAACACCCCUUGUUGCCCUCUUUCGUUCUCAUCACCACCAACAACAUGAGCAUCAGCAUAAUCAUUUUCAUCACCAUCAUUGAUCUUAACAACCCUCUGAUAUUGUAUCUAACUCCUGGUCACCUCUCUAACUCACUCUCUAUCUUUCGUUAUCUUCCUCUCUCUCUCUCUCUCUCCCUCUCUUUUCUCUAUCUCUAUCUAUCUCUGGGUGAUUUAUUUGUCUUUAAGCUUUUUUUUGCUUGCUUUUCUCAUCUUCAUCUGUAAAAAAGAAAAGAUAAA